AUGAGUAUGAUCCAACAUUUUCAUAAGAGAUCCGAUUUGAUUAGGACCAUUCUAUCGAUUAUAAUGAUUUGGUGUAUGAUUAUGUUAAUGGAUUUAUCCAAUGGUCAUUUACUGAUGAAAGAAGAAAAAAUUUCACGGAAAUUAGUCAAUUUGAUUCAUGCCACAACAACAAAUGAUUUCAAUCUAUGUACAAUUCAUUCACGUCAAUUACAAUAUUCGUUAUGUACUACUUAUAAUAGUACUACUACUACUACUACUACUCAUUAUAAUGAUAUUCCAUCAGCAGCAGGAGCAGGAACAGGAGCGUCGUCAGCAUCAUCAGCAGAAGGAUCAGGAUCAUCAACAAUGAAUAAUUUAAAUGAAACAUUCUAUCCAAUAUUUCAUCAUUUAAUCACACAAAACUCUUUAACACAAAAUUUCUUGCAUGAUAUAUAUAGAUCUGUGCAGAUUAUGAGAAAUUUCAAUCGUUGGCAUAGCAACAACCACUACCACGACAACUACAACCACAACAAUCAUGAUACCAGGAAACAAUUAGAAGUCUAUUUCUUUCAUUUAUUACAAUUAAAUCAACCAAUUGAAUUUUAUAAUCUGAAAUUAUUCAAUAAUUUCAUCACUAUGAAUGAUGAUUAUGAUCAAAAAUCCAAUUUAAUUGGUAUUGGUUAUUGUUUCAAUGGGAUAUUAAUGGCUUAUGUCAAUAAUCAUACUACUACUACUAAUAGUAAUAAUAGUAGUAUUAGUAGUAGUACUAGUGAUUCCUCUGAUCGUAAUUCUGUAUGUAGUCAAUUUGUAUUGAAUGUAGAAUUAUUUGAUAAUAAUAAUGAUAGUAUACGGUUUAAUGAUUAUGAAUAUGGAGAAUUUUCAUCCUUUUGGGCACCAAUUCAAUGUGAAUCUAAUUCAAUCAUACCAAUAGUUUUACGAUAUUUUAUUGAUACAAAAGAAAAAAGUUUAUUUUUCGAAUUUGAUUUGAAGGAUUAUACUAUUGAUCAAUGUGCUUUGAAUAUAAAUCGAUGUGGAGCAACAACACGAUGUGUAUACAAAAAAUAUCAUCCAUAUGCAUUCAGUAUGGACAAUUAUAUGUGUGAAUGUUCUCCAGGUUAUUAUACUGACAAUAUAGAAAAUGGUUAUCCAGCUCCAUUAAUUGAAUCAAAACUUCAAACAUCUUUAUUGAAUGAUGAAUCGGAAUUACCAAGAUUUUAUUGUCGUGCAUGUCCAACUGGUUGUUUGAAUUGUAAAUCUAAUAAAUUAUGUCGUGUACAACUAGACUAUAAUUUACUCAGAGCAGUUCCAUUAGCUUUUCAAACUUUUUGUAUUACAAUAUGUUUGUUGUUUGGGAUAGCUAUGUUUAAAUUACGUAGAGCCCGAGUAAUUAAAAGUGCUAAUCUUGUACUUAUGGAAAUUAUGCUUGUAGGCGCGAUUCUCUUAUAUUCAACCAUUGUUGUAAUGUAUUUUCCUGUCAGUGAUAUCACAUGCCUUAUUCUUCCAUGGUUUCGUGAAGUUGGCUUUUCAGUUAUGUAUGGUGUAUUAAUCGUAAAAAUCUAUAGGGUUCUAUCUGGUUUUCAAUCACGUAAAGCUCAUCGGGUUCAUGUACGUGAUAAAGAUAUAUUAAAGUAUUUAGGAUUGUUUAUCAUAUUAACAUUCACUUAUAUGAUUGCAUGGACAGCAAUUAAUUUAGAUUAUAUUAGUAAUCGUUCAUGGAUUCAAGAUGAUCAUUCAAUAAUCAAUAAUAAUCGUCAAUUGAAUAGACCAAUUAUUAGUAUGAAACAAGAAGGUUAUAUUAAAAUUAAAAAAAUCAAUAAUCAUAGUUAUUUGGAUCAUCAUAAUAAUAAUGUAACUAAUAAUAUUCAACAAAAUAAAUUCUUCAAUGAUUCAGGAGAGGAAAUGAUCACUUUUGAAGUUUGUCGUGCAAUGUCAUGGGAUGUUGUAGUUGAAUUAGCUGAAUUCAUUAUCUUAGCUAUCAGUAUACAUUAUUGUCGUCUUGUACGAACAGCACCAUCUGAAUACAAUGAAACACAGUAUAUUGGUGUGGCUUUAAUUAUUGAAAUGACAGUAUCUGGAUUUCUAUAUUUAUUAAGACAUUUCAUAUGGUACAGUGUUCAUCCUGAUUAUAUAUUUCUGUUAUAUUUUGCCCGAUCUCACAUAACUGUAACAGUGAAUCUUUUAUUGAUUUUUGUACCAAAGGUAACCUUUUUAUGUCGUUCAUCAAAAUCAUUAUGUAAUACUACUCGUCCACGUGGUUCACCUGGAGCUCCUUAUCCUGGUGAUCCACAUUUACCUAGUGGUGGAAAAUUGAAUUUAGUAUCAAAUGGUGAUCUAGAUAUUGCUGAUGUGAACUUAGCUGAUAUGGAUCCUGAAGUAAUAAGGCGUGAACUAAAACGUCUUUAUACACAAAUUGAAUUGUAUAAAACCAAAGCAAUGCGAAAAGAUAAUCCACAUAUAAGUAAACGUAGAGGGGGACGAAAACAACGUCGAUUCUCACUACAACCAUUUCAUAAACGACAUCAUGGACAAACUUCAUCUAGUAUAAGUGGUAAUGUUAUGCCAAAUGAUACAGGAUGUUGUUGUACAGAAUGUCAAUCAUCAAAAUUUACUAUACGAUUAUGUCCACAUUCGUGUAGUCGUCAUUUAAUUCAUAGUAGUAGUAGUAGUAGUACAAGUCAUAAACAAUCACCAAAUGAUAAUAGUAAUAAUAAUAAUGGUGGUAAUAGUGGAAUAAAUCGUUCAAAUUAUACAACAAUAUUACAUGAUGAAGAAAUUUCUAAAUUAUCAGAAGAAUCAACAAAUAGUGUUCUAUUCAUUCAAAUGAUAAACAAAUUAACACAUUAUCAACAAUCAAUAAAAAUGAGAAUAAACGUUCCAAAUGUAAAUCAAUUAAUGAGAAGACAAGAUAAAAUUCUACUUUUAAUAUUCAACCUUUAA